AUGUACCAAUGGGAAUUUACCCCUUCUUUCCAUAACUCUCCUCCUCAACCUCCAUUGGAGGAACCGUAUCUUCAAGCGGUUACUCCACCGCCUUUACCUGUUGAGGAACCACCUCAACAACCACCACAACCACCUCCUGAGCCACCUAGGCGAAGGAGGAAUGCAUGGAUGUCCGUGCGAGGGGGACCAAGAUUUAGUUCCCCUCAAGCUUCAAGCACAUACCCUCCUAUUCUCGAAGAUCCACAAAUGGGUAGACCUUCACACGCGGUGCCGGAAGAUGAUCCCCCACCAGUUACUUUUGCACCACCACCACCGCCAGUGGGUUUUGAAAACCCAAUACCAACAUACCCAACUUCAUCUGGGUAUAACCCAUUUGAAUAUCCAACUCCUACGGAUUAUGGAUAUCAAGCCCCUUCCCAAGAUCCAUAUCUUGAGGCAGCUCUAUUUAAUACACUUUAUCCUUCACCAUUUCCUCCAGUAUACCCAACUGGGUAUCCUGUGCAUGGGUAUCAAUACCCUACUUACCAGCAGCAACCUCCACCUUCAUAA